AUGGCUAACGAUGAAUAUGAUUUCCUUUUCAAAGUGGUGCUUAUUGGUGAUUCUGGAGUUGGGAAGUCGAAUCUUCUAAGCCGAUUUACUCGCAAUGAGUUUAACCUCGAUUCAAAGUCUACCAUCGGUGUUGAGUUCGCAACCCGCUCUAUCCAGGUAGAUGGCAAGACAAUCAAGGCCCAAAUCUGGGAUACUGCAGGCCAGGAACGGUACAGGGCUAUUACAUCAGCAUAUUAUCGUGGCGCAGUGGGUGCCCUUCUUGUCUACGAUACCACCAAAAAGCAAACGUUUGCGAAUUGUGAGCGGUGGUUGAAGGAACUACGUGAACAUGCCGACAAGAACAUUGUCAUCAUGCUCGUCGGAAAUAAAAUUGAUGAAAAACAUAUGCGGGAUGUAAAGACUUCGGAUGCGGUAGAGUUUGCCGACGAGAUGAAACUCUCCUUCAUCGAGACUUCUGCUCUCGACGCCACCAAUGUUGAGCUUGCUUUCCAAAACAUUCUCACAGAAAUUUAUCGCAUUGUUUCCAGCAAAGCUCUUGAAAAUGGUAGCUCAUCGCAGAAUCCUCUGGGUGAUCGCAAGGUAAUAGAGAUAUCGAAGACACAAGAUGCAGAUGCAAAGCAAAAAUGUUGUUAA